CAAAUCCUUCUGAGGCUGCAGUUUGGGGAGAAACUCUGCCAUCAAUGCAUGACAGUCCGGAGUGAUUGACAACAAACGGAUUCUUGCAAUCUUCGUUCAUCAGUAGGCUUCCAUACAUCCUCAGCGUAGUUUAAAACUUGAAGACUAAUCGUGAACAAACAUCUCGACACAAACACCACCUUGGAGUCCUCGAUACAAAAGAUGUCGGCAAAGCGACGGCAUGACGGAGACGAAGGAGACUCAGAGCAUGCUUCCCCUCCUCGACGCCAACAUAAGUCCCAGCAGCGCGCAAUCGGUACUGAUCGUUCACCCGAGGAGGACCUUCAGACCUCAGUCAGCAUCUCAUUUUCUUCCUUCGGUUCUGAAUGGUUUUCAAGAGGCUCUAAUGCAUUGAAAGACAUCGUCAUCUUCGGUGACUCUUACAGUUCAGAUAAUUUGACUUGGAGCAAGGUUGGAAGCUUGGGGGAUGCACUUGGCCUUAGCACUGAACACGUACACAAUUUCGCUGUACCAGGUGCCACGGCAGAAAACGGUCUCAUCUCUCAAAUUAAGCGGUAUCUCGCAAAUGAUGAUCAGCCUGAGGAUGAGGAUGAAGAUCUUCACCCAGUGGAUGGCUCUAUCGAUGCCAACGAGCAAUAUUUGGAGCCUAAUGAGACACUGUACAUUAUCUGGAUCGGGAUUAACGACUGCGGCAACGGUGCGAACGAUUCUGAAGCAGUGGAGGAAAUACUCGAGGAACAAGUCUUUGAUGAAGCGGUACACAAUCUUUACGUGAAGGCUGGAGCCCGUAACUUCGUUUUUAUGGAUGUGCCUCCCCUCGAUCGCUGUCCUGCUGUUCAUGGAAAACAUCCACACGACCUGACAGACCGUGUCGAAGCAUGGAACUGCGGAUUAAUGACUCAGAUUAAAUCUUUUAUGAGCCCUCGGAACAGGCAGCAGACAACUUCCGUCAUUUUAUAUUCCAUGUGGCAAACAGUCACUGAUAUUCUGGAUAGUUUCACUGGGGACCCUUGGUCGGAUGAUUUGCAUCUAAAUGCUGAGACUCAUGAUAUCGUGGCAGAUAGGGUUGCCGAGGCAUUGAGGAGCUGCUUAUCUUAGUCCACCAACAAGGGCGUGGAUAUUGUAACCAGAUAAUGGUCAUCAUUUCACUAUUCUAAUAGCCUUGGGCUUUAUGGCCACGCAUGGCAUGUACUGUCAUGUUGGUUCCACCUUGAAUUGCCUCAGGUAUGAUACCCCAUCUCCUGCUAUCCGCCGCGGUGUACGAUACGCUCGAUUGGGAUUUAGGAU